AUGGGCUACUCUAAAGUCCUCGCAUUCCUGGCAGCAGCCGGCCUGCCCCUGACGCAGGCCGCCGUGCCCACCAUCGAAGGCUUCACGCUGACAUGGUCGGACGACUUCGUCGGCACGGCCAACAGCCUGCCCAACACCGCCAACUGGCUCUUUACCACUGGCACGUCCUACCCGGGCGGCGCCGCCAACUGGGGCACGGGCGAAAUCCAGACUUACACCUCCAGCACCGAGAAUCUGGCCCUCACAGGCAACGGCACCCUCGGCAUCACCGCGCGCAAGGACGCCUCGGGCGCGUGGACGUCGGCCCGGAUCGAGACGCAGCGCACAGACUUUGCGUGCGCCGCCGGCGGCAAGAUGCGUAUCGUGGGUAGCCUCUCGCUGCCGCCGCUGGGCGAGAACGGGAUCGGCUAUUGGCCAGCCUUCUGGGCUCUUGGUUCACAGUUCCGCGGCAACUACCAGAACUGGCCCCAGGUCGGCGAGCUAGACAUUAUGGAGAACGUCAACGCCGUGAACAAGUUGUACGGUACGCUGCACUGCGGGAUCAACCCGGGCGGCCCUUGCGACGAGACCAACGGCCUGUCGGGCAACACGGUGCCCCCGACGCCGAUGCAGGGCAACUUCCUGCAAUACACGGUCGAGGUGGACCGCACCGACUCCUCGCUUGAGGCCAUCCGCUGGUACCUGGGCGACACCCUGUACUGGCAGGUGACGUCGUCGAUGGUUAACAACGCCACUGCCUGGAACGACGCCGUUCACGGCUCUUAUUUUGUCCUCCUCAACUUCGCCAUCGGGGGUUCGUUCCCCGAUAAGGUCUAUGGGAGCACGACGCCUAUUGCUAGCACCGCGUCGGCUGGGACUAUGUUUAUCGAGUAUGUUGCUGUUUACAAUAACAUGAUGGCGGUGGAGCUCAAGACUGGACUUGGUCAGAAAUGCGUGAGACCGUGCGAUGCCGAACAUGACACGCGUUUCAUAGCACGCCACCAAGGCCCCAAAAGACCAAUUCCGCAGGACCCCUCGUCGGAGGUAUGCAUGGCGAUGGCCGCGAGCUGGCUGGCAGAGUGCGCUUCUCACGAAGACUGCCCGCCACAAGGAGUCGUUCCCCUCCCGACCCGCCUAAUCGAGAUGACCCAGGAAGGUCAGUUUUGCAGACUGCACCUCCCAGAUCCGGGAGAGAAAGGCCACUAUGUUACUUUAAGCCACUGCUGGGGUCAUGGCGUCAAAUUUACCCUGAAUAAGGCAAACUUCGUGCAGCUUCAACAAGCGAUCCACACCGAAGAUCUCCCGAGGUCUUUUCAGGAUGCUAUUACCAUCACCAGGCGCUUGGGGUUCCGGUUCUUGUGGAUAGACGCUAUAUGCAUCAUCCAAGAUAGCGAGGAAGACUGGGCUCAUCAGUCAUCUCUUAUGGCGGGCAUCUACCGGAAUGGGAGCUUGAUGAUAUCUGCUCUAGCAGCAUCAGACAGCCAGCACGGGAUACUAAGAUCCCGCAGCGUUCUCCGUUCCCAUCAUUUUGGGAGAAACAAGGAAAUGGAGAAUAUUAUGGCACCACGGAUCUUGCAUUUCGGCCGCUUUCAGCUUCUGUGGGAAUGUGUCAGCAAAGCUUGUGCUGAGAACUGGGGACUCGCUGGUAUUGAUGACGGAAUUGGAGGCUUCCAAGUCUCAACAAGAAGGCUAGCCAUGCCUUGUAUAUGGCCUCCAAGACCAGGCUUGGAAGAGAAAAGCCACGAGCCUGAUUUCGACUCGAGACUCGUCGCGUUCUAUAGCUGCGUCGAGGAAUUCAUGAGACGCAAGCUCACAUACAGAUCCGACAAGCUGCCCGCAUUAUCGGGACUCGCGUCUGCCUUCCAUACCCCCGUUCUUGGCGCCUACCUGGCCGGGCUGUGGGAGAAAGACCUGGUAGAAGGGCUCAACUGGGCCCCGCUGGAUGGUUCCGACGAAGACACACAUGACAGCGGAGAGUACAUUGCGCCGUCGUUUAGCUGGGCCUCGAAGCUUGGCCGCUGUGAAUUCCAGAUCGUCCGCGAGUUCGAAAUUUGGGGGCCGAGGCUAAGACUUGGCCCCGAAUCCUUGCGAAGCACACUGAUGCCGCGGCUGCUCUCACAUCGCAUCGAGCUCGCGACAUCCGACCCCUACGGCAGGAUCUCUGCGGCAUCCAUCACGCUUCGUGGAUACACCCGAUUGCUGCUUGUGCGGCUCGAUCGGUGCGCAACUUACGGGGCUUCUUUUGAUCGUUAUGGAAGGUUCGAUGAUAGGUUCCGGUGGAUGUUUGGACCUCCGCACGAGUUCCUACCCCCGGACCACGAGUAUGAGAAGCACGCGUCAUCUCCGAGAGUCAGUGAUGAGAUCAAGCACUUCAUCGCCUUGCCACUUCGCAAGACAGCCCACGGAACAUUGAGGGGAAGUAGUGGACAUAUGGAGUUAUCGAUGCUAAUUCUUGAACCCGUCGAGGGGCUGGAGGAAACGUAUCGCAGAGUCGGAUACGUUGCAUUAAAUGAGUCGGAACAGAUGGACCCAACAUGGUGGGAGGAGAGGACUUUGACACUCAUUUGA